AUGUUCGUAAAAAAAAUGAUAAGGUUCCUACAGAGAAACGCUCGACAACAUCGAUUAUAUUCAAUAAAGAGUUUUGGGGAGAUACCCAUGCCUAGAGGACUGCCACUGGUGGGUACUACAUUUUCGCUUUUAGCUACAGGGGGGCCUAAAAAACUUCAUAAGUAUAUGGAUAGGAGGCAUAAGGAAUUAGGGCCGAUCUUCAAAGACAAUGUAGGACCGAUUACAGCUGUGUUUUUAUCCGAUCCUGACGAGAUGAGAGCAGUCUUUGCAAAAGAAGGUAAAUAUCCGCUACACCUGAAACCAGAUGCCUGGCUUUUGUACAAUGAAAAAUACGAUUACUCCAGAGGUUUAUUCUUCAUGGACGGAGAAGAAUGGCUUCAUUUUCGUAGAAUAAUGAACAAGUUGCUCCUUAGAGGCAACCUAACUUGGAUAGAAGACUCUUGCAAUGUUGCUGCAGAUUUGCUAGUCCAGCAAAUAUCUGAGCACCAGAAUCAAGAAUUCCCAAAUUUAGAGCAGCAAUUGUAUAAAUGGUCAUUGGAUAUGAUAGUAUCAGUCUUAGUUGGUGCAGAUAAAUACACAGAAUGCAACAAAAAAGUAGAUUUCUAUGUAAAACAAUUAGCUUCUAUUGUACAUAAAAUAUUUGAUGAUACCUGUAAAUUACAACUCUUGCCAGCGCCUUUAGCCAUGAAGUAUAAUUUAAGUAGAUGGCAAAAUUUUGAAAAUUCUGUAAGAACAUCUUUAAAGUUAGCCAAAGAUUUACUUAAUUUAAUUUCGGCCGUUACUAAUAAUGAAGAUGGUUUAUUAAAAAAAAUGUUCGAAGAAAAAGUAGACACUAAAGACAUUGAUAGAAUAAUUAUAGACUUAAUAUUAAGUGCUGGUGAUACUACUGCAUACACGAUGUCAUGGUUAUUGUUUCUUUUAUCAAAACAUCAAAAUGUUCAAAAAGAAUUACGUGAUAAAGUGAGAUCUGACCCUAAGACCUCCUAUUUGAGGAAUGUUAUUAGAGAAACUUUAAGGUUGUAUCCAGUAGCGCCAUUUUUAAAUAGAAUACUUCCUGAGACAACAACUAUAAGCGGGUAUGAAAUUCCUAAGAAUACUCUUAUGGUUAUGUCGAUUCACACAAGUGGACGGGAUCCUAAAUAUUUUAAAAAUCCAGAGGUGUUUCUUCCCGAACGAUGGAGCAGAGAUAAAGGGAGUGAUUUGUCUCUACAACAAGCUAGUUUACCAUUUGGUAUUGGAUCUAGAUCUUGUAUAGGCAGAAAAAUCGCAGAAACUCAAUUACAAAUGACUAUUUCUAAAAUAGUUCAAAAGUUUGAAUUUAUUAUUAUUAACGAAUCAGAAAUUGAGGACAUUUUGAAAAUGGUAACAAUUCCUUCCAAACCUCUAAGACUUGUUUUUAAUAAAAUAGAUUAG